AUGGACUUUUUUGCCUCCGGGCAGCCGGUGCUGAACCCCCAGGCAGAGGCGGCAGCAGCUGGUGGGGAGCAACAACCCGCAGAGGACGAGAGCGAGACAGUGUUGAUGAUAAGGGAGCUGCUGGAGACGCGCAUUCGGCCGGCAGUGCAGGAGGACGGAGGGGACAUUGACUUUGUUGACUUUGACGAGGCUACGGGAAUCGUGUAUCUGCGCAUGAAGGGCGCCUGCAGUGGCUGCCCGAGCUCCUCUGUGACUCUAAAGAGCGGAGUCGAGAACAUGCUCACGCACUAUAUCCCAGAGGUGAAUUCAGUGAAGGAGGUUGUGGAAGAGGCAGAGUGA